ACUGUGUCUGUCACUGGCAAAAGGCUCAGACCUCAUCUGCUUCAGAGCAUUGUGGACCUGUCUGUGUGUCAUAAACAUGGGGAGAAAGAGAAGCUCUUCUGUGAAGAAGACCAGAGACUUCUCUGUGGUUCCUGUUCAUUAUCCCCAGGGCACAAGGACCACAGAGUCCUUCCUCUGAAAAUGGCUGCUGACAAGUGCAGGGCCAAGCUCCAGGAGACAUGGGAUAUCUUGUACCAAAAAGAAGAAGAAUUUAAGAUUGCAUUGGACAGAUUGAGAAGUAGAGAGGAACUUUGUGAGGAGAUUAUAUAUUCUUUGUCACAAACCAUUACUUCAGAAUACAGGAAAAUACAUGAAUUCUUACAGGAGGAAGAAGAACUAUAUCUAGAAAGACUAGCCCAGGAAUACACAGACAACCUGGCAAAACUGGAGCUCAACAAGGCCAAAAUUUCACAACAGAUUCAAAAUCUCCAAAGAAUGAAAUUAGAAGUAGAGGAGAAUUUGGAGAAGGCGUCCUUGGAAAUGCUACAAGAUAUGAAAGAUGCUUUGGAAAGGCAUGAGGAGCUGCUACUUCAAGAACCAGACAUUGCUUCCCUUGCCUGGACCAUCAGCCCCAUCACUGGCUUGAGAGAGAUGCUCAUGAAAUUCCAGAGGCAUAUAAGUCUUGAUCCUGGAUCAGCCCAUCCACAUCUCAUCCUAUCUGAAGAUCUGAAGAGUGUCAAGUAUGGAGAUGUCCCACAGGACCUUCCUGACAACCAGCAAACGUUUGAUUAUGCUCCUGCUGUAUUGGGGAUCCAGACUUUCACUUCAGGCAGACACUAUUGGGAGGUGAAAGUAGGAGAUAAAACAGAGUGGGAAGUGGGAAUCUGUAGAGAUUCAAUCAGAAGAAAAGGGAAACUCUCCUCAUUAUCUGAGGAUAUAUGGACUCUGGUAAGCUUCACAUCUGGAAAUGAUUGCUUCCUCUGGAAUUCUCAAGAUGGCUUUCUUCUGGGUGAGCCUUUAGAGAAAGUGGGCAUUUUUCUGGAUUAUGAUAAAAGACAUAUAGCAUUUUAUGAUGCCACAAAUGGAUCCUUAAUUUGUAAUUUCUCAGACAUGCCCUUUGAAGGGCCUCUUCGACCUUACUUCUCUCCUUGCUGUUUUUAUGCAGAAAGUACUCCUGGAUCAAUUGUGAUAAUUAAUAUGGGAGAUUCUGAGUAA